AUGACGAUUAAGAAGAUGUGUUACAGGAUGACAAACCAGGCGACAGCUAACCAGUCCAACACAAACAAGGUGAAGGAGAAAGAAGAAAACCCUAGAGAUGACAACACAGACGUCGCGUAUAAAGAUGCCGGCCACUGCAGCCGGAAUACCCACAACCUACUGCUGGGACUCACUGUUUUGGGCGUUGUUAUGGGAGUGGUGUUCGGGAUGCUGCUGCGGUACAUGAAGGUAAAAGACUACAGCGUCCUCACAAUGAUUUCCUUCCCAGGAGACAUCCUCAUGAGGAUGCUGAAGAUGCUCAUCCUGCCUCUAAUCAUCUCCAGCCUCAUCACAGGUCUAGCAGGUCUCGAUGCCCGCUCCAGUGGCAGGAUGGGUAGCAGAGCCAUGGUGUACUACAUGACCACCACUAUAAUCGCUGCCAUCCUCGGGGUCAUCCUGGUGUUGGGGAUCCACCCUGGGAACCCAAAACUGAGAGGAGGAGGCGGGGGGAGCUCAAGCCAGCCAAAGAACCAGGAAGUCAGCAGUCUGGACGCCUUCCUGGACCUGCUAAGAAACCUUUUUCCUGAGAACCUGGUGCGGGCCUGCUUCCAACAGGUUCAGACAGUGCUGAAACAGGAAGCCGUUGUUGCAGCAAACCAAACCGAGCCCAUCAUGGUGAACAGGAAGAGACUGGAAUACAAAUGGGGCAUGAACGUCCUCGGUUUAAUCGGCUUCUUCAUCACCUUCGGGAUCUGCAUGGGCCGGAUGGGCGAGCGGGGGAAGGUCAUGUGCGACUUCUUCAACAUCCUCAACGAGAUAAUCAUGACGAUGGUUUCCAUGAUCAUGUGGUACUCUCCUGUUGGCAUCGCCUCUCUGAUUGCUGGAAAGAUUGCAGCCAUCGGAGACCUGGAGGUUGUCGCCCGACAGCUCGGCAUGUACAUGGUGACCGUCAUCGUGGGCCUAGUAAUCCACGGCGGCUUGAUCCUACCUGCCAUAUUCUUCGGCAUCACCAGAAAGAGCCCGCUCACUUUCUACUCUGGAAUCUUCCAGGCCUGGAUCACAGCUCUGGGCACUGCUAGCAGCGCUGGAACGUUACCUGUCACCUUCCGCUGCCUGGAGGAGAAUCUGAAGAUCGAUAAACGUGUGACUCGCUUCGUGCUGCCCAUCGGUGCCACCAUAAACAUGGACGGCACGGCAUUGUAUGAGGCCGUGGCGGCCAUCUUUAUAGCCCAGAUGAAUGACAUAACCCUGGAUGGCGGACAGAUCAUCACUGUGAGUAUGACCGCCACUCUAGCCAGUGUUGGAGCUGCCAGUAUUCCCAGUGCUGGACUGGUCACCAUGCUGCUCAUCCUGACAGCUGUGGGUUUACCCACUCAGGACAUCAGUCUGCUCAUCGCUGUCGACUGGCUGCUUGACAGAAUGCGAACCUCCAUCAAUGUUGUUGGCGACUCGUUCGGUGCUGCCAUCGUGGACCACUUAUCAAAGGCAGAGCUCGCUGAACUCGACGCAGCCGAAAUGCAAAUGCUCCAUACAGAGGAGGAGCUCGAUUUCAUUCCUCCACCCCCGAUCCUCACAGAGAUGGACCUGGUGGACCCUCUCAAACCGCCUGAGCUGCCCCCUCGUUCCCCUCGCCCACCCAAACAAAACCACCACAGCCACAUUUCCCAGUCCCACUCCAUCACUUACUCACCCGCCCGCUCCGUCCGAUCUCCCUCUCCUCGCUCCAUUCGCUCUCCCUCUCCGCGAUCCGUCUGCUCCCAUUCCCCGCGACCUUUCCGUACUCAUUCACCACGCCUCCUCCAUAGAACAGAGCCGGGCUACUGCGCCCUGCCCAGCCACGAUAACCAGAUCUCCACGAUUCCCCGGUCCUACAGAGAAAGAGACAGGGAACGAGAGCGGCUGAGGAGAGAGAGUGAAACAGAGGAGGAGGAGGAGAGAGAAAGAGUUUUGGAUGAAGUAAGCGACGGCGAGGAGAGCGAUGACACUGCUUACGACCGGAGGCAUGCCAUCCCACCGGGCGAUCUGCCAUGA